AUGUCUCAUUCCACAGCAACAUCAUCAGACAUUCCCUCUGAUCCAUCAAGUCCGACAGGCCAACUCUGCACUUGGAUCUCCUCACUUACAUACGACGACAUCAAUGAGGACCUCCGUACCCGCGCCAAAUACUUCAUCUUAGAUGGCAUUGCCUGUGGUUUAGUGGGCGCUCACUUGCCAUGGUCCGAAAAAGCCGCAAAAGCUCUGCUAGACUUGGAGCUCACAGAAGGGUCCGCUGGAGUCAUUGGCUAUGAGCGCCGAAUCAAUGCUCUCAAUGCGGCCAUGUUGAACAGUUCAUUCAUUCAAGGGUUUGAACUGGAUGACUGGCAUACCGGAGCUCCAUUGCAUUCCAACAGCAUUAUCUUGCCUGCUCUGUUCGCCGCAUCUGAUCAUCUAUCGCUGAAGUCGGCCUCAUCGUCUGUCAAUUCUGGUCGAGAUCUUAUCACUGCAUAUAUUGCUGGACUGGAAGUUGGUCCACGCGUUGGCCUCGCUCUUCACGGGCCUCACAUGUUAUCCAUGGGAUGGCAUUCCGGCGCCGUCUUUGGUCCUCCUGCGUCCGCAGCUGCUGUAAGCAAGUUCCUAGGACUAUCUGCUGGUGCUAUUGAAGAUGCCUUUGGCAUUGCAUGCACGCAAGCUGGUGGUUUGAUGUCUGCACAGUUUGAAUCAGAAGUCAAGCGCAUGCAGCACGGCUUCGCAGCAAGGAGCGGCCUUUUGGGUGCCAUUCUCGCUGAGACGGGAUAUGUGGGCAUCAAACGUGUCAGCGGAAACGGAAUGGAGCCGCAAUACAAGACUGAAGAAAUUGCCAAAGACCUUGGCCAAAAGUGGUUAAUGGAAGGCGUUGCGAUAAAGCCAUACGCGAGCAUGGCUGGGACACACAACACAGUGGACUGCCUAGCAGAUCUUCGCAGUCUCUAUCCCGAAGUAAUCGGCGACGCAGAAAAUAUUGAGCGCGUCUUAAUUGAGCUAAGCAAACCUGCUUUUGAGCAUGGGGGCUGGGAAGCAAAACGGCCACUAACAGCAACUGGAGCUCAAAUGAGCAAUGCCUACGUCGCGGCCACAUACAUCGUUGAUAGUGCUGUCCUCCCGGCACAAUUCUCCUCUCAUAUGAUUGAGAGGGAUUUGAUAUGGAAUUUGGUUAGCAAAACAACGUGCGAGUUGAACGAAGAGUUCAGCAGACUGCGUACUCGAGUGACUAUCUGGCUGAAGGGCAGGUCGGAUCCGAUUGUUGCAGAUAGGGAGAUCACUAAGAGCCUUAUGCCACCACUAAGCAAUCAUGAGAUACUUGAAAAGUGGAGGAAUAUUACGGCUAAUGUGAUUGACGAUGAAAGGAGACAGAAGAUUGAAGAUGUUAUUUUGAACCUUGAAGAUUGCAGCGAUCUCGGUGUUUUGAGCGAGCUGUUGAUGGGCGUAACGAAGAACCCAAUUAGAUGA